GUAAUCGUAGUCCAUUUUUCAAUAUUUACGUGAAAAAAAUUUUCUCAUAGCGAAUUCGUCAUCAAAUUCAAAAAUUAUAACUAUCAGACUAUAUUAAAUCAAGAUGAGUAGUAGAUUUUUUGCAACUGGGUCUGAGUCUGAAAGUGAAUCUUCAUCUUCAGAAGAAGAGCAGAUUCCACAAAAACAACAGGGAAUAACAUCGACUUUCACUUUCAGUGAUGAAGAAGAAGAACAAAAACGUGUUGUGCGCAGCGAGCGAGAGAAAAGAUAUGAAGACCUGAUUGAAAUUAUAAAGUUGAUUAGGAAUCAUAAGAAAAUCAAGGAUAUGAGUAAACUCUUAACAAGUUUUGAAAAUUUAACUCGAGCAUAUAUCAAGGCUCGUCCUGUUAUUGAAAAAGAGGAGCGAGGAAACGUUCCCAAAUUCUACACUAAGUGUCUAGUUGAACUAGAAGAUUUUGUGGUUGAAUGUUGGGCAGAUACUGAGUCAAGAAAAAAACUCUCAAAAAGCAAUUCCUCCUCACUUGCAAAGCUACGACAGCAACUUAGAAAGUAUAAUAAAGAUUUUGAAAAUGAAAUUGCUGCCUACCGAGAAAAACCUGAUGCCGAAGAUGAAGAUAGAGAGGAUGAUGAGGAACUUGAGUCUGAUAUGUCUGAUGAUGAUGACGAAAAAGCUACUGAUUUCUUUAAGAAGCCGACAAAAGCAGAAAAAGAAGAUGUUAAGUCUAAGCCUGUAAGAGGAUCUGAUGAUGACGAUUCAGAUGAUGAUUCGAUUGACUGGGGAUCAUCUUCAGAUGAAGAAAGCUCACUCUCUACAGAUGAUGAAAAAUACGGUGGAAAUCUAGCAACAAAAUUUUUAAAAAAGCCUGGUGAAAAAGAUGAUACAAAGGAAGUGACUAAGCGUGAGAAAAAACGAGACAAGGAACGUAAAGAAAGGAAAAAAGGCGAUGAUGAUGAUGAAGGCUGGGAAGAAGUUAAAGGAGGUGCCCCCAUCAUUAUGGAAAAACCAAAAAUGUUUGCUAAAGAUGCUGAAAUUAACCAUCAAGUAGUGCUGAAAAAGUUUAAUGAAAUCUUAGCCGCAAGAGGUAAAAAGGGGACUGACCGCAGUGAACAAAUUGAGCUGCUUACUGAACUCAUGAGUGUCUGUGAGGCCCAUAAUUUAGGCUCUGGGAUCCUAUUAAAAAUUAUGUUCGCCAUCAUCGCUGCUAUUUAUGACUACAAUCCAAAUAUAGCAACUUGCAUGAAAGGUGAUAUGUGGCAAAAAUGCCUGGAUUAUAUAAACAUGCUACUGGAUAUAUUAAUAGAAAAUCCAAACAUAGUUGUUGGGGAGCACAUUUCUGAAGAAUCUGAACAACUAGCUGUACAGCCAUACAGGGUAAAAGGCUGUUGUUUGACUGUUGUUGAACGAAUGGAUGAAGAGUUUACUAAAAUGUUACAGGGUUGCGAUGCUCAUUCUCCUGAAUAUGUUGAAAGAUUAAAAGAUGAAACUGCUGUUUGUGCUAUCAUUGAAAGACUCCAAGGUUAUCUUGAAGGCAGGGGUACACCAUCCGAACUCUGUCGCAUUUACUUAAGACGUGUUGAGCAUUAUUAUUAUAAGUUUGAUCCAAGAGUUUUUCAAAAGAAAGAGCGCAUGAAAAAUAAAGAGCCUUUCAAAGCCGCUUUUGGUGAUCUGCUGAAUGGCACUGAGCCAUCUGCACCUGAAGAAGCCAAAGAAGAAGAAGAAAAAGAAGAGGAGGAAGAAGAAGAAACAAGUUCAGAUAUAAUUAAGAAAUUGUGCAAAUUCAUUUGUGCUAAGGACACAACUGAUAGGAUAAGAACUCAAGCUACAUUGUUCCACAUUUACCAUCUUGCUUUGCAUGAUGAAUGGUUCCAAGCAAGAGAUCUGUUGCUUAUGUCUCAUCUUCAAAAUACGAUUGAACAUUCCGAUGUUUCAACAAUGAUAAUUUACAAUAGAGCUCUUGUUCAACUUGGUUUGUGUGCAUUUAGACAUGGUUACAUUAAAGAUUCUCAUGCAGCUCUUCUUGACAUUCAAAGUGGUGGACGUGCUAAAGAAUUGCUAGCUCAGGGUUUAUUGCCACAACGUCAGCAUGAACGUACUCCAGACCAAGAGAAAAUUGAAAAACGUCGUCAAAUUCCUUUCCAUAAACAUAUUAAUUUGGAAUUGUUGGAAUGUGUUUACUUAGUGUCUGCUAUGUUGCUAGAAAUCCCGUAUAUGGCUGCUCAUGAAUUGGAAGGGAGGAGGAGAAUGAUUAGCAAAUCAUUUCACCAUCAGUUAAGAAAUAGUGAACGUCAAGCUUUAGUUGGACCACCUGAAAGCAUGAGAGAGCAUGUUGUUGCUGCCUCCAAAGCUAUGCGUGUUGGAAAUUGGAGAGCUUGUAAGGAUUACAUCAUCAAUGAAAAAAUGAACUCAAAGGUUUGGGAUCUGUUCCAUCAAGCAGAAAAGGUGAGAGAGAUGAUUUCUCAGAAAAUUCAAGAAGAAUCACUGAGAACUUAUUUAUUUACGUACAGUUCCAAUUACGAUUCCCUGUCUGUACCUCGACUAGCAGAAAUGUUUGAAUUGGAAAAGAGUGUUGUACACAGUAUUCUUUGCAAAAUGAUUAUAAAUGAAGAAUUAAUGGCAUCACUAGAUGAGCCUACACAGUCUGUUAUUAUGCAUAGAACAGAGCCAUCUAGAAUCCAAGCUUUGUCACUACAGCUAGCUGACAAAUUAAUAUCUCUCACUGAAAAUAAUGAACGACUGAUGGAUAUAAAAAUGGGAUCCACUUACUUCAAUCGAAAUAUGGGACAACAAACUGGUAAUAGGGAUAACAACUAUCAAAAAGGAAACUACAAUCAACAGGACAGAAAUUGGAAUCGAAGACCUGGACAGAGAGCCUACUAAAUUGAAGAAGUAUUACGUCUUUUCUGUUUUAAAUUUUUGGAAGCCAAGAAUUCCAGUGUUUGUGCUCAAGAGGUGGAGUGAAAAGUUGAUUAUACGAACUCUAAUGUGAAGAUCAAAUUAAAAUACUUUUUUUUCCACAGCUUGAUAAAAAAUGAAUAAAAAAGUUUUGUUAAGAAAAA